AUCCAUUCACACAGCUCCUCGAAUCAGCUCUGAGCACCCGGCGAGCUUCCACAAGAAGUAGUAGUAGAUCUACGUCUCGUAGCUUUCGGAGCAACGUGCUUCCUUUCAGCAUGCCAAUCUCCCCUCUGCGGAUCACUCCGCGGAUCGCGCCGAGUCCGACUCGUCCACCUCUCACAUCCACGAUGGCGGCACCGGCCAGGAACGUUGUAACCGCCGCGCUGCUUCUCCUUCUGCUGUUCGUCCACCCGGCAUUCCUGGCAGCGCGUGCGGUCAGCAUGCCGCACGGAGCCAGGCGCCCGAGGAGCGUGGGCGCUGCUGCCCAGGCUGCCAUGGCGCGGCUCUCCGCGCGCGGCAGCGGCGCCGGCUCUCAGCAGCACUCCCCUAAGAGCGGCGUCGCUGCUGCGACAGCCUCAGCUAGUACUACCGCCGGCGGCGGCGGCGUGAGGCGUCCUGCGGCGGGAGGCUGUGAGAAGUCGUCGAUCGCAGGCUACACGUCGUCCGUCACCCUGUCCGGAUCCGAUCUCGUGCUUCACUGGGCCCUCGCCGCGGGUGGAAGCAGCGUCUCCCUCGCCAUGCAGGUGGGCGGCGCCGCGGCAGGCGGGUGGGUGUCUGUGGCGUGGUCGCCAGACGGCAGCAUGACCGGCUCCGACGCCGUGAUCGGCGGCCUGCCGGGCGGCGCUGUGAAGGCGUACGCGAUAAACGGAUACGGCGAGUCGGACGUGACGCCCACCAGCCGGUUCUCCAUCGGCGCCGCGUCGUCGGCUAAUGGCGGCUCGCUCAUCAAGUUCUCCCGUUUGACCGGCGAUGGCGCCGUGCCUGUGAGCGUGGCGGGCAGCAACACCCUCAUCUGGGCCUUCUCCAGCGACCAGUCGCCCGCCCUCGCCAACCAUGGCGGCAACUACGGCCAGGCUUCGGUGGACUUCAGCUGCACCGGGUCCACUGGGGGCGGCACCGGAGGAGGCAAUGGCGGCGGGGGAGGCAAUGGUGGCGGGGGAGGCAACGGCGGCGGGGGUGACAACGGCGGGGACUAUGGUGGUGGAAACGGUGGGGAUUACGGCAAUGGUGGUGAUUAUGGCAAUGGGGAUGACUAUGGGAACGGGAGUGGAGACGGCACUGAUGAUGGUAGCAACUGCGAUGGGGACGACAACUGUGAUGGCUAUAGCGGCGGAGACUACAACGGAGACUAUGGGAGUGAUGAUGCCAGUGGAUAUGACUACAACGAGGGGGAUUACAAUGGCAACGGCACUGACGGUGACUACAGUGGGGAUAACUACAAUGGCGACUAUACCGGUGGUGACUACAGCAGUGGAGACUACAGCGCUGGGGAUUACACUGACUAUGGCACUGCUGGCUCUGGAGGGAGUGGUGCUGCAAGCACAGCACAAGGCAAGAUGAGUGAGGCGUGGGGCAAGUUCAAGAAAUGGUGGGGUUCCGUGUCCAAGAGUGGCAUUGGGGGGGGCGUGCAGAAUCGCAUUGGGUCUAGGAAGCACGGACUGGGCGCUAAGGGGAAGGCACAUGCUGCAACAGCAGGGCACAUGGGUACGCGUGUGCAGCAGGCGACACGCUGGAAGAACAAGGGAGUCAACGGGGCCCAGGGAGUCAAUGCAGUGAACGGACAUGCGAGGCAGAGGCUGCAUGCACGGCACAAGCCCUCAGCAGCCGAGCGAGCGGCGGGCACUACGGGCAAUGCUGGCACUGCUGGCAUUACUGUGGAUUCCGCAGGUGUUCCAGCAAGCAGCAGCACAGGGGCAGGGAACAAGAAGCCAUGAGGAUAGAGCUCUCAUGGUUUUGUUAUUGAGAGAAGUGGAAGAGGAGGAUGCCAGUGUUGGGUAGGAGUGUACAGAAGUUUACAGAAGUUCUCAUGAGUGCGUAUAUGUACCACCAACAUGUUGGGGCGCGUGACGUUUACAAGGUAUGGAAUUGAAAUGCUCA